AUGGCAGGUUUGCAGAGAUCCGCCGUAUCAUUCAGGCGGCAGGGCUCAUCGGGAUUGGUGUGGGACGACAAAUUAUUGGCCGGCGAGAUGAAUCAGCAGAAGGACUCUAAACCCCAACCAUCCAAGGCGGAAGGCGGCGAGCCGCGGCCGGCCGAGUUGUCCCUCGAGAGGAGCCGAUCCAACGGCGGAUUUCGCGCCGGUAGAGUCUCGCCGUCCUUCGAGCCGCCGUCACCUAGGGUUUCGGCCUGCGGCUGCUGUGGGGCUUUCGGUAAGGACAGGAAGACACAACGCCGGCCGCCGAGGUCCGGCAAGCGCGUGGCGUGA